AUGAGUUCUAGCUCUGAUGAUGUCCAUCAGAUGAUUGACCAAAGCUCAGCCAGUUUUGUGCCAAUAAGUUCUUGGCUCACAUGGGGUCGGAGGACGGUCAGCCAAGGACUUCUUCGCACAAUUCAGCACAAUUCCCUACUCGACAAUCCUCCUUCGGUUUUCGGAGAAUGCCUCAUGGCCUGCAUUAAUCUGAACAUCAUAGUUUCGCCUAACAACAGCAGAGCAACAGUUAUCCGCCGUGGUCUUUUGGUGCUAUCGACUUGUGAAGCUCUUCCACUUGCCUUUUCACAUGAAAUAAAUGCCACUGAAAGACUGAAACUACACGCUGACUUGAGAGUGAAGAGGUGGCUGGUAGUCGAGUCGGUAAAGGGACUGCAGGAUUCUGGUACUUGUGCUUCCUACCACACGAAGACCCAGGUCCUUCCUGGAAGAAUACUCCCGGGGUUAACAGAGCCUGGCAUGUUGAACAUGCUGAGCUACCCUCAUGUUGCUCCGCCCGGUCUACAGGUCACUCUUCGCGAUGCCGCUCAUCUUUCGACUUGGCCCGAGGACGGCAAGCAGAAGCAGAUCUCCAAUCCGGGCGCGGAAUUCGGCUGGCUCGGCUCUGCCGACCGGACUUGGUCCCUCCUGCCGGAGCACCGACCGCCCGACUCGAGCAACGUUCUCUCGCCUGACGACAGUGUCCGGCACGGCGGUGGCCAAUCAUCCUCACCAGUCUCCCGUCAGGGCCAUUGGUCGGCCUGGUCUGACUGGUCGCCAGGCUGCGGCCUACACACCGACUGCCGACAGGUGCGUAGUCGCCGUUGCCUUGUGCCUGCGUCGUCUUUCGGCCCGACUCACUCGUCAUCGUCUGCGACGGAGGCAGUAACAGACCGUCGAGGCAGCGGGGCUGAGCAGACACACAGCGCCCAAACGAACCACGAUGAGACUGCGCAGCCGAGAAGGGACGAGACGGUCGAACAGAGGAGGCCUCCGAUCAUAGCAGAUACAAGCUUUGAUGAUCCACACAAUGCAACUUUCCCUUCCCUCUUCCACGAUGCCUACGUGACCUCCUUUUCCGAAUCUUCCCCUCCCCCCCGUCGCUCCUCUUCUACCUCUUCUUUUUCUCCUAUUUCCACAUCUUCUUCUACUCUUCUUCUUCCACCUGCUCCGGCUCACACUCAUUAUACUACGCCUGCUCCAACUUCUCCUCCUCCCUUUUUCCCUCCCCCACCCUCUAUGUUGUCCUCUUCUCCUUCUAUUCCUUCGUUCGGUUUUGCCUUUACUCCCACCCGUAAUCCUCUCGCCCCAGCGGCAUGGCCACAAGAGCCGCCAUACUGGCACGCUCCUGAGGGCCGUUGUCUCCGGCUUGGCCAAUUGGUGGGUGGCCGAGAGGUCCGCUGGUGCUUGGAACUGCUCGAGUGUCAGGAGCGCUGGCGCAGGUCUCGCAACCACCCACCGCCUCCGGGUAGGUGUGCACGCCAAAUUUCGGCUGGUCAUGUCUGCCUUCAAUCCUCAAUUUGA